AUAGUGGCAGAGGAAAAUAAUUUCUAGCAUUAUUUUUUUGUCUCUCGAAUUCAGCGGAAAUCAAUAACAACAAAUAAAUGCAAUGAUGUCUUUAAGACGUUUCGCAGUAAUUACGCCGUUAAUGUUCAAGUACAAUAAGCAAAACAUUUCAAAUGUUGCCAAUUUGACGACAAAUGCACAAAUGCAUAGUGCAAAAGGAACAACACCCUCAACAACAACAAAUGUUAACAUUAAACAAACACAGUCGGCAACAACAGCAAUAACAACGGCAACUGAUAGCAACAAAUAUAACAAUCAUCGAAUUAUCGAUAAUGAUGGUUACGCUGAUGAGAGCAGUGACAACAAUAGUUAUGAUGACAGCAAUGAGACAUAUACAAAUAUAAUUAACAAAUACGCAGCCGGCAAUGGAUUGCAGACGAUACGUGCCAGUUUCGGCAUAAGUGGCCUCAUCGGUCACAGUCCAGGUGGCAUUAGUAGUGGUGGCAACAUUGGCAGCGGUCAUCAAACAUAUCCACAUGCAAUUAAUGGAAAUGCCAAUUUGCUGUUAUGCGGCGCCAUGCUGUCAGUGGUUACCACAAUUUUAUGCGUUGUUUGUUAUUGUUGCCAUCGCAACAUAAAGAAGCGCACCGAAGCAGCAUAUCGCCAACAACAUCAGUGGCUUGAAAGUGAUCCAAAUAUGGAAAUAUAUAGUGUGGAGCAGAGCUACGAAACUUCUGGUCUCUUUUUGGGUGAAUCUGGGGAGGGGUUAACCACCGUAGCAACGCUUCAUCACGAGCCGCCACCAUCGUACGAUGCCGUAGUGGCGAUGCAAGAGCAACAAUUAAUACAGCAACAAUUUUAUCAACAACAAUGUCACCUACAGCAACAGCGGCAACAACAACAACAAAUACAUUUACAACACAACUCCCCACCACCAGGUUACCGUUCCACACUCGCCGUCAACGAAAUGGCAACACCAACAAUGUCUGCCUCAGCAGCAACCAGCAACCUGGCUAUGGACACGCUGAACAACGACAGCAAUGGCAAUUUGAGUGGCAGCUGUAACAUCAGCAUCAGCGGCAACAGCAUUGGUGGCAAUAGUUGCAGCAAUUUCUUUGCUUGCGGCAAACCAAACACUCCGAGCAGCAGAUACAAUGCUAGCAAUAAUAAUAGCAACAAUGCAGCGUUUAUUAACAUGAAAAAGGUGCUGAACGCACAGUCAUGCUGCUCGCUACAGCGUGCCGAGGUGGAGAACAUGUGGAACGCAGCAGCCGCUGCAGUAGCGGUACGCGCCACGCACGCCACAUCCUCACCAUGUGGCGCCACCAACCUCACAGGUGGCAGUGCCGCCAGCAGCAGCAGCAGCAACAGCAACAGAAACCACAUAUCACCAAUGUUGCUGCCACGCAAAUCAUUGCCCUUGCCACUCACGCUGCCAGCAAAAUUAACAGCGAAAAGAGGUGGACGGCGUUACUUGCCACAUCACAGCACUUACUAUCGUCGCGGUUGCCCACUUUGUGGUAAAUUUCGUUACGAUGCCGAUGAGACGCUCAUGCUCUCGGUGGAAAGUGAGCUGGACGUGUCCACAACCUUCUCCACAUUACCAGCCACAACAAGUGCCGCAGUGAAGACGUCAGCUACCACAGAAACUGCAGCACGCAGCAACAGUGAGUUGAAGUUGGCUGACAGCUGUCAACAGCUAACCGCAAUAAAUGAUGACGAGAGCAAGGAUGAGAGUUUGCAAGUGGAAGUAUGUGGUGAGCAUGCCAUGGCUGCUGUGGUAACCGCGUCAAAUACAGAUCCGCUGGAUAAUGACGAAUUGGAGAGGUGCGCGUGUGCUGUGCGUAUUUUGGAGUCGCCAUCAACAAUAAUUAUGGACGGUGAUAGCAAUGGGAACAACAACAACAAUGCGGUACCGACAAAUACAAAUAAUAAUGCAGACGCAGGGUCAAAGGAGGUGAUGAUCGAUCAGAAUGCAAAUGGGCAGACAAUGAUAGAAGAGUUAACAACACCCGCUGAAAACGCAGCCAGGGAUAUGGUUGUUGCAAACGGCAAAAGAGGUUUAGCAAUUGCUGAAAUUGCAACAUCCUCCCAAUGUACGACGGACGUCGCGAUGCCAAAAUUGCCCGAAGACACUACUUUGGAUGCAAUUAAUGGGAAUAGUGGUAUAAUACGAGUCGACAUGAGCAAAGUCAUCGAUCAGACAGGCUUACCCACCUAUGAAGCAGCCGCAAAGUUGGAGUCAAGUGGAUAUGUAUAAAAUAUAACGGCGAGCCUGCUUAAGUGAAAGCCAGAAGUGCUUUAAUAGUUUUAGCUAACAAUUUCAUAUUCACUGAAAUGCAUAAAAUUUGACACACACUGUACCAAAAAUAAAAAUUAAAUUGAAUAAAGGGAAACAUUAUAGCAACAAAAAGUAU